AUGGACGACAGCGGAAGCCCUGGGGCAACCCCUGAAACUCGACAGUUCGCGCCACUCCCCGCCUCCGGGGUCCCCUCGCCUGGGGCGGCGGCUGGAGAAGGGCGCACCCCGCCCGCGGAGACCCACGCGCUCACCUGCACGAUAGACUGCACCUGCCCUGGUCGGCGGGAACAGGGACCAAGGUCCGGCUCCUCGUCCGGCUCCAGGCUCCGGCCGUGGUCCCGCGGGCAGUGUAAAAGCGGCCGCCGCUCCUGUGCCCUCCGGCCGACCCUCCCCGGCGGGACCGCGGGCCGUGCAGGUUCUCGGGGGUCGCACCGUCCUGGAGGUCGCACGGUCCCAGAGUUGCCUGUCCCAGGGGUCGCCCAGUCCGGAGGGUCGCUCCAUCCCCGGGUCGCACGUCCCCCGAUUGUCCGGCCCCGGGCUGCAGCAUCCCAGCCUUGCAGAGGCGAGCGCGCCACCCACCCCAAACUGGCCGCCCCCUGCGCGGACGCACUGGGUUCCGCGCCCUGCAGGCUGCUGGCGAUCCCGCCGCGGGGUUUCUCCCCGGACCUCACAGCAUGGACAGCCCACUCGGAACGGCGUUCCCGGCAUUCACCACUGAAGGCCAUGCUACAAGGAGAAACAUAUGAAGGAAACAUGUUCCUCUCAUGCAUCCGUAACAAGCAGGCUGUAGGAGCUCGUCUGUUGUGAGAUGGAGCAGGUCCUGAAGUCAUUCCUGAUGGCUGGAAUUUUCACAAACCUUUCUCACUGCAUAGCACUAAGAAUCCAGUAAUGUGAAAAAUCAUGAGUUAUUUCCUCAAUAAUUUGCAAAGGUCAGAAUUAUUAUUUCUUUGCCAUUCCUUUGAUAACAAAAGUUUUCUUCCUUGUCAUUUGUGGGAUGUUUUUGCUGGGUGACAGGCAAGUAACAUGACACCACCCCAUGAACUGUGUUUUAGCAGAAUUUGAAAAACAAGGGGCCGGGCGCAGUGGCUCACGCCUGUAAUCCCAGCACUUUGGGAGGCCAAGGCAGGUGG